AUGUCAGCCAUGGGGGAAAUGUUUAUGUCUUUGGUGGUGUCAACCUUUAUUGCGUCUCGGGUGGUUGGUUACGAAGCAACGGGCGAUUUCUCUGGAGAAUGUCAGCCAAUGAACGUCUUUUAUGAGUGGAUUGUAUCAGCAACAAACAACAGCAUACAUAUCGUUGGUUCCAUAUCAAGCUUUAUCCCAUCAUCUGGUUCUUAUCGUUAUCGGCAAUUCGGUGGGCAUCCUGAAAUGAAGGUCUCUUAUCGAUUGGUCACAUCAGCAGCAACGAACAACUUGUAUAUCUUUGGUAUCAGCAAGCUUUCUAUCUCUUGGUGGUUCUGGUUAUUGGCGAUUCCUUUGAUGGAUCUCUACAACUAUACGUGUCUUAUGGAUGGAUAA